AUAAACGACAAGACGAUGAAGUGGUCAGCAAGGCCAAUGUCCAGAGCAGCGAAGAGGUUCAAUGUUAAGGUGAAGCCAUGGAAGCUCGAUGGAAUUUGUGCAGACGAAGCAGUAAAGACAAUGAUCGUUGAAACGAAAUGGAAAGGACCUAAGUCUGUAUUCUCUCCGUUUAGUCUACCUUCAUCAUCCAAACUUCGAAGAGGCCGAACCAGUGGAAGAUAUUUGAGUAAAGGUGAAUCAGUUGUUGAAUGGGACGAUGAAUUUGAGAAUAUCUGCAACCUGUCCAUUGCAUCAAAACAUGGCUCAGCCUCGUAUGGUCCCUGGAAUGUAUCAUUCAAUAUUUUAUCGGGAGAUGGGGAAGAAUCUCCGAGAGUUAUCGGAAAAGCUUCUUUAAAUUUAGCAGAAGUGGCAGCAACAAUGGAGUCCCAGGUUGAGAGAAAGGUUCCGAUAACUUGGAAGGUUGGUGGUCUGGGCAGCCAGGCUACACUUUUCGUAUGCGUGAGCUUAGCUGAGGUCAGGAAUUCUCAAGACUCGGCACCAGGACUUGUUCAAAACUCAACCGAGUCAGAUGAAGGAGACGCAUUCUUUAAAAUGAUGAUGAGCUUAACAGGCUACAGGAAGAAAGAGAAGAAAGGGAAGAAGAGUCAAAGAGACCAAGCCAGCUCUUGCGCGUCGGAUGGUUUGGCGGGAAGCAAGUCCACUGUUAUCAAUGAGACAAGUAAUACAAAAGAAAAUUCAACAACUGAGUCGGAGUCUUGUCCAAGUUCAAAAACUCAUUUGGGAAGUCAACCUAACCGGAAGGACGGGUUCUUUUCGUGGGAGAGAGGGCUCCUGAGCAAGAAGACAAAUGUCAACAAGAAUACAGACACCAGUGCGUUUUCGUCAGAGUUUUGUAAUUGGGAAGAGAAAGAAUUAGCAAGUAGAGAUGGGCAAUCAAAACUGAAAGCCCACUUGUUUUUUGCUUCGUAUGAUCAAAGGAGCGAGAAAGCAUGUGGAGAGGGUGCCUGCACAGCGUUAGUUGCAGCCAUUGCCCACUGGCUUCACUUGAAUCAAGACUUGAUGCCCACAAGAUCAGAAUUUGAUAGACUUAUAACACAAGGUUCCGCCGACUGGCGAAAGCUUUGCAACAGCCAAAGCUACACGAAUUUCUUCCCGGACAAGCAUUUUGAUCUUGAGACGAUUUUAGAAGCUGGCCUUCAGCCUAUAAAUGUCUUGCCUGAUAAAUCUUUCACCGGAUUUUUCAGCCCUGAUAAAUUCAAAUGUUUACAAGGAGCCAUGUCAUUCGAUGAAAUAUGGGAUGAAAUAAAUGACAACGCUGAAGAUCACCAGCCAGGAAUCUACAUUGUGAGUUGGAAUGAUCAUUUCUUCGUGUUGAAGGUCAAAACAGAUACAUACUAUUUCAUAGAUUCAUUAGGUGAGCGGCUUUUCGAAGGGUGCAAUCAGGCAUACAUUCUGAAGUUUGAUGAUUCAACUCUGAUGUAUGGAAACUCAGAUGAAAGUGAAGAGAUAAUAUGUAAAGGGAAAAACUGUUGUAAAGAGUACAUAAAAAGAUUUCUUGCUGCAAUACCACUAAGAGAACUUGAAGAAGAAGAGAAGAAAGGAACAGUUUCAACUUUCUUUCUUCACAAGAGAUUACAAAUCGAUUUUCACCAUACCUCUUCUUGUAAUACAUCAUCAUCAUCAUCAUCAUCAUCUUCUUCCCCAUCAACUUGUUCCACUUUUUCCCCUUUCUCUGGUGUAGAAUCAAAUUAAAGAUUACAUUUUUUCUGUAAAGCACAUGGGAACUGUGUGUAUUCGAUCUUAUUGCAGAAUAUUCAGACACGUUUUUUA